AUGGGCGAUGAGCCUGGUCUCUAUUAUGAUUAUGAGGACCAAAGAGCCGUGCUCCCAAAAGAAGCCUUCGAGUUCCAAUAUCCUGCAAAAGGAGACUCGCAGCUGGCAGUACAGAUUGCAGCUCACCUACGACACAGCGGCUUCAAACCAGUCUUGGAGAGGCGAGGCUUUGACCACGCCGUUUACGUCCCAAUGAUCCUACUAAGGCCUCAAGCUGAUAUUCCUAUUGUGCAAAUGUCUAUUCUACGUGGGGAGACAGAUAUUGAGUCCACAGAAUUAAACAUUCAAUUGGGACAAUCUGUAGAGUCUUUUCGAGAUCAGGGAUAUGCAGUCAUUGGAAGCGGAGGUUCGUACCAUGACUUUCACGCGAUUGCGCAAGCCUAUUUCGAAAAUAAAUUUGUCCCUGCCGGAUUUACUGCAUUCGAAGACUUCCUGGAAUCGGCCGCCUCCAUUCAAGAUCCACAGGCAAGGACCAAGGUUUUGCUAGGUUGGCGAUCUCUUGCUAGCAGCUAUUUGGCCCAUGUGGAGGGUUCGUCAGAGCAUCUUAUGCCAUUCAUGCUUGCCGCUGGAAGCGGUGGUGGGCGUAAAGGGGUUAAAUUUGACAUGUAUACGUACAAGGGUGCGACUAUGAGUCAAUAUAUGUGGUAG